AUGUCUUUCUCCAGCAUCCCGAUCCUGGAUCUCUCGCUGGCGCGGGACCCGGCCACGAAGCCGCAGUUCCUCGUCGAUCUCCGCCAUGCGCUGUUGGAGGUUGGGUUUCUGUACAUCAAAAACACGGGGAUUCCCCAGGAUCUGACCGACGAGGUCAUGGCGCUGGGCAAGUCCUUCUUCGACCUCCCCGAGGAGAAGAAGUUGGAGAUCGAGAUGAAGAACGCGCCUUCGUUCUUGGGUUACAACAAGCUCGGGAUGGAAAUCACGCGGUUCAAGACCGAUUGGCGCGAACAGAUUGACCUGUCGACGCCUCAUCCUAUUCCAGGCCCCAAUGACCCCCUUUACAGGAACUUGUUGGCGCCGAACCAGUGGCCGGAUCCCGCUGCCCUGCCGCGGUUCCGGGAAGUGUACGAGGAGUACAUGGCGCGCAUGGGCGACAUGAGCAUGGAAUUUACGAGUUUGAUCGCCGAAGCCAUCGGCCUUCCGACGGACGCGUUUGCGCAGUUCUUCGACGAGGCGCAGCAGCACAAGUUGAAGAUCGUCAAGUAUCCCGACUUGGAGGAGUUGGGUGUUGAGGGCGAAGCGCAAGGCGUGGGCCCCCACAAGGACAGCAUGCUCACAAGUUACCUCCUGCAGGCAAGCCACCAUCGCGGACUGCAGGUGCAAAACGCCGAGGGCCAGUGGGUCGACUGUCCGCCGAUCGACGGGACGCUUGUGGUCGCCAUCGGCCAGGGUAUGGAGGCGUUGACACAGGGCGUCUGCCAGUCGACGACGCACAGAGUGCAGAGUCCGGCCCGGGGGUCCGGAGCGCGGUAUAGCAUUCCAUUCUUCCAGGGCGUCAGCUACGACGCGACCUUCGAGAGCAUGGACGUGCCGGACUCGGUCAAGCAAUUGCGAGCGGACAUCCUGGCCAAAAGGGGCGGCCAGAGACUGGACGAUAUCGAGUUUACCUUUAUCAAGGGCAUGUGGAGUCGACUGGGCGAGGCCACCCUGAUGAACAGGAUCAAGAGCCACCCGGACGUCGGCGAGAGAUGGUAUCCCGAACUGCUGAAGAAGAUCCGCGCAGACCAGGCCGACGAGGCCGCCAAAUUCGCCGCCGCCGAGAAGGCUGCAGCGAACAAGUCGUCGACGUCGAUUCCAGCCCAGCCGCAGUCCAUCCAAGCGCAUUAG